AUGAACGUCCCGUCGACGGCGCUGCCAGGGGCGACGGCGGCAGGCUUCCGGGUUGGCUCGAACCAAGCCAUCCCGCCGGGCCAGUACACGCGAGUCAUCUACUCGCUCGUCCAAGCUGGAGAGUAUCAGGAGGUAAUCCGUCUGCUAGCGGCUGAGCUGCAGAACUUCCCCGACUCGCGGGCGGCGCUCUCGCUCACGGCCUACUGCCACGUCUCCAUGGAGGCGUACGAGCUGGCGAGCGCGUUCUACGAGCGGCUGGUCCGGCUCCACAGCGAAGUGGAGGAGUACAAGCUGGCGCACGCGCAGUGCCUGUACAAGACUGGCCGGUUCGAGGAAGCCCAACGCGUGCUCCUUGCUGUGGAGGACAAGGCUUAUGCCGGCGAAGUGCUCAAGCUCCAGGCGUGCAUCAAGUACGACGAGGACGAUGUGGCGUCGACCCGCGCAGUCAUUGAGCAGUGCCCGCAAGACGACGUUGAGACGCUCAUCAACCGCGGAUGCCUCGACUACAAAGAGGGCAAGUUCUCCGAGGCGCUGGCUAAGUUUUCCGACGCGCUCGACCGCGGUGGCUUCUCGGGUGUGGUGGCGUACUCGGUUGCGCUCUGCUACUUCCGUCUCCAGCAGCAUGACUCUGCGCUCGAGUGGCUGACCAAGAUUGUGGACCGAGCGGUGGUGGACCACCCCGAGUUCCCCAUCGCCGCCAUCGAGCAGGGCCUCGACGUGCGGGUGGUGCCCAACUCGCGGACGCUGCACGAGACGGCGCUUGUUCAGGCCUUUAACCUCCGCGCCGCCAUCCUGUUUGUCAAGGGCGACAAGAGCUCGGCGAGCGAGGCGCUCCGGUGCAUGCCGCCGCGGCGCGAGGAAGACCUCGAUCCGGUCACGCUCCACAACUCGGCGCUGUUCAACAUGGACCACGAUCCACAGGCCGGGUUCGAAAAGUUCCGCUUCCUCCUCCUCUCCAACCCGUGCCCGCCCGAGACCUUUGCCAACCUUCUGCUCCUCUACUGCAAGCUCGCCUUCUACGACAUGGCCGCCGACAUCAUGACCGAGUACGCCGACAUGACUGCAAAGUGCCUCACGCCCGAGCUCUUUGAGUACAUUGACGCUACCAUCAUCCAGCAGACCGCGCCCGAGGAGGCCUACCGCAAGUUCGACGCCCUGGCCACCUCGCACGUCGCCAACCUCCGCCUACUCAUCAAGAAGCUUCAGCAGGCGGUCAACCUCGACAACUUUGCCCUCUCCGAGGCGCUUGCCGAGUACGACGCCGCCCUCAAGGCCUACAUCCCGGUCCUCAUGGCCCAGGCCAAAAUCUACUGGGACCGCGAGAACUUUUCCAAGGUCGAAUCCAUCCUCUUCCAGUCGGUCGAGUUCUUCUAUCUUGAUGUCGAGGAGGACCCGCGGGUCAAGGAGCUCAUGCGCCGCAUGGGCGAGACCGCCCUCGACUCGGAGCCCGGCAAGCACGUCGACGCCCUCAAGUACUACGAGCCCAUCGUCCGCAAGCACGCCGACGCCCUCAUCGACAACGUCCCGGCCAUCGUCCUCGCCAACCUCUGCGUCUCGUACGUUCUCGACUCCAAGAACCAAGUCGCCCAGGAGGUCAUCCGCCGCGUCGAGCGCGAGGAGGAGGAUGCGCUCAAGAUCGAUCCCUCACGCCCGCUCUACCACUCGUGCGUCAUGCAUCUCGUCGUUGGCACUCUCUACGUCGCCCGCUCGCACUACACCUUUGGCAUCUCCCGCAUCAUCCAGUCGUUCGACCCCAUCGAGCGCAAGCUCAAUGCCGACACCUGGUUCUACGCCAAGCGCUGCUUCCUUGCCGCCAUCCGCGUCCUUGCCUCGCACGGCGCCCUCUUCCAAGACGAGACCCUCGCCUCGAUGCUCGACUUUCUCGAGGCCGCAGAGCGCGUCGGCUCCUCCAUCCAGACUGUCAUCUCGUACCUUCCCGAGCAUCCGGUCGAUGCCACAUCCAACGUUGCCCAUGAGGCUCGCGAGCUCAAGCACAUCCUGCUUCGGCUGGCCAACUACUGA